GCUUCAAUGAAGGAUUCCCGUAUGCUACUCAAUUUUGGUGGUAGCAAUUCCCUACCUCUUCGUUAUCCUCCGUCAAGCGUUGCCGGUGGUUUCCAACUCCUAGCGGAGGUCACCGAAGAUGCCCAGGUUGCCAAUAGCAACUGUGGUUGGCGUCUCAAUCCCUACGAUGCAACUGCGGGUGUGGAAGUGCAACCGGAUGGUAUGGCUCUUCAAGCUCACUGGGGAUCCGGUUGGCAGGGCUGCAGAGCAAACAGAUGUAAAUGCAAUUGGGCUGCUCUAUGUUGUCUUAAUUCAUGGUGUUCUUGCCUUUGUGCAGUCCUUCUGACAAGCGCUAGUCCUCACAAUGUUCGCGUCUUCCAUGUCAGUGAAUCUGUUCCUCAAUUUCAGACAUCCAUCUGCCUAAUAUCCAUAGGCCCCGUAACCUAG